AGCAAUGUUAUCAGUAAAGUAAUGGCCGAUUUAAAUAUGCUUAUAUGCUGAAUUUGAAACUAGUUUAUUUACCUAAAAAACACUUAAAAAAAUGUAUUCAAACGGACUUUGCUGAAAAUGGAGGGAAUGGAUAUUUCGUCGCCUGUUUAUCGGGCUGACGAAACUGCGAUUGAUAUUGUGCAAAUUGAUGAGGCGUUUGGAAAAUGGGUGCACACUGGGAGAAACAUAACUAUUUCACCAUGCAAUGAUGACCACGUACAGAAAAAACUGAAGGAGUCAAAUGUAUAUCCGAUAACUAAACAUUUUCGCGGGAAGGUCAUCCUUAUAUCAAACACUGGAUACCAGGCUCUUAGAUUAAUGAAGGACCUUUUCACCCAAAUGUGUUACAAGAUUGGAAUAUAUACUGAGAAGACUAGUGAGGAAAUGCACACCAUAAUAAGAAAUGAAGCAAAGCGAGAAGAAAACAGGUUGAUUGAUUCUUUUGUUGUUGUCAUAUAUGGUACACCGGAACGCUUUGACAUAACUGACAUUUCGAAAGCCUUGAAGACUGAAAACGCCAAAUAUCUGGACAACAAGCCUAAACUUGUUUACGUUAUAGGUGGGGGAUCUAUAGUUCGUCAGGUCAAUGAGCAGUUAGCCUCUGAGAACGACCUUGAUGUUCUUAUUGGUGCUACAGGUUUCAAUGGCAUGAUGUUCUUCAUUUAUGUUUUCUGCACAUUUGUCCACGAGCUCUCAGCAAAAGACAUCUGGAAAAUUCUAGUGCAGUUUGCUGCUUACCAUACGUUCCCAGCUUCAACACACUGUACCUUGACGAAGGAUUUCUUCUUUUUUCCAAACGCCAGUAAAUCAGUUCUACAAGAUGAUCUCGCUAACUUAGAUCCAGCAGAUAUGCAACUCUAUGAAAAGCUCCUACAAGAAGGCUGGGUCGAAACUUAUAAUAUACGGCUUAUGUUUGUUGGUCUUUUUGGGGCUGGAAAAACUUCAACUGCCCGCAGGAUUAUGGGUAAAGAAAUUGAUGAUGUUACAAGCACAGAUGGUAUUGAUGUUUAUAUUGGUAAAUGCCGUGUUGAUCUCAGCAGCAACAAAUGGGAGACAAUAGAGGAUUCAAGCCGUAGUAUGCCUUUAAUGAAACUGGCUGAAAAAUUAAGAGACCCAGAAGCUUUUGGAGAAAGCAGCGGUCACGAAAAUAUGGAAAUAGAAACCAACAUUACACAAACACAUAAGCGUAGAAAACAUGAAGCUGGAUCAAGGUUGUCCACGUCCUCUCGAACGACCUCAUCAGAAUUUGAAAUCAUAGAUAAUGACGCCUUAACAAGGACAAGUUCUUUGGAUAGAUCUGGAUCUUUUGGUGAAAAUGAGGUUGAAAUGAGAGAGGAAUUAGCAACCCGGAAAUCUGAUUCAGAAUACUUGAAGACUGCUCAGAGGGUUUUACAUCAGGCUCGAAGCAACGAGGUAAAUCAGCCAAGGACAGCAUUAGUUUCACUUUGGGACUUCGCUGGUCAGUUCGUUUACUACGCUACCCAUCAGUUGUUUUUCAGUCCACGUUCUAUAUACCUUCUGGUUGUAACCAUGGAGGAAGAUGAUCUCGAAAAGACUUUAGAUGAAUGGUAUAUGGACCUGACUGGGAAAGAUUCAAUAGAAGCACAAGGAGGGGUUCAUUUUUGGCUUAGUUCAAUCUACACAUACGCAAAGGGAGACACAGAAGGUGUGCCCCCUAUAAUUCUCGUCGGCACACAUAAAGAUAAAAUGAAAGGGAACGAGCAAGUGAAAGAGAAAUGCGCAAGAAGAUACUUUCAAAGAAUCAGAGAUAUUUUUGAUGGAUCUCCUAUUGCUGCUCAUAUAAGAUCGGAAGACGUUUUGCUUGACAACAGUAUGGAAGAUUCCAACAUUGAUCAGCUGAAAGAUAUUAUAAUGGAGGUUUCAAAAGAAAUGUUCUAUUGGGGAGCGAAAAACCCAGCAAAGUAUAUUGAGCUUGAACAAGCACUUGUAGACCGUCGAAAUGAUGGCGCCAACUUCAUCAGUAUGAAGGAGUUUAGAGAAAUUAACCAGAAAUUAGCAUCCCCUUUACAAAGCGACGAACACUUGAAACUGUUUUUGAAGAUACAUCAUCAGAUGGGGACAAUUAUAAAUUUCCAUGAUACAGAGAUGCUCCGAGACAUCAUUAUACUAGAACCUCAGUGGAUAAUCCAUGCUUUCCGCCAUCUGAUCCGAGCGAAAGAUUUUGGUGAGAAAUAUGGGCACUUGAAGAAACAGUGGGAAGAGUUUAAUAACACAGGGAAAUUAGACAUCGAACUUGCUGAAAGCAUAUGGAAACAAGACCUCAAGAAUCACUUUUAUGAAAACUUUGACAUGCUUCUCAAGUUUCUUGAGAAACUUGACAUUAUUGUUAGGGCAUCACAACUUGAGGAAAAUGGAACCACAAAGAAACCACUCGGAUUUUACUAUGUGCCUUGUUUGCUGAAAGAAAUGCCACCAGAUAAAGUUCUUCACCUAAGGCAUAUUCCCGAUGGAGUCAGAACUCCCGUUCUCUGUUUCACUUUUCGGGAAAGUUUCCUUCCGCCUGCUAUUUUCAACAGAGUAAUUGCCCUUUGUCUAGGUAAAUGGCCUGUAGCUAGACAAGGGAAACAUACAUUUCUGUAUUGCGGAUGUGCCGUAUUUGAGGUCAAGGAAAGAGCUGAUGAAGACAGACAUAGACUUCACAUCUUUUUCAAGGAAUCGAAGAUCGGAAUGCGAAUCAGUUGCUACAGAACUAAAGACGAUAAAGAAGUCGACCGGCAACUGUGUGACAGAGUUCGGCGAUUCAUUGCACAAGCAAUAACGAAAGAAUUUAGCCGUUUUCAAAACAGACCAAUGCCUGAAAUGGAAGAGGAAAAACUAGACAGAGAUCCAUUCUUCUUCCAAAUUCAGUGUACAGACAGUGACACUAAAGACAUACUAGAUGAUGGCCUGCAUGAUUUAAAAGAACUGACAGAUCUGCUGGAUGAAGAAGAUGGCGACGAAACAAAUAUUGAUGCAUUUUGCAAAAAGCAUAGCGAUUUGUCUGAGCCACAUUCCUUUAAACCAACAGAACUGCUCAAAGAAUGGUUUCCAGACAAGAUUCCUGAACGUAUGCGGAAGUCAGAAGACACCAUAAUUGAAUCAUGGUUUAAAAGAUUACCCAGACAAAGAACAUGUGUCCUCACGGAACAAAUUUUCAUUCUAUCAGCACUAUAG